GAAUACGAUGUUGCUCAGAUUCCCUUAAAGCGACUGCCAGCUGGCAUGGGAAUAGGGCAGUAGCCCUCAGUCAACCUUACUUAGGGCUUUGGCGUUGGCCAUGUGCUGCACAUGUCAUACUGACACCGACUGCCACGUCAGACUUCUUCUAUUAUUCCAGCGAGUUUUACGGGGUCACAUUCCGGACACGUGGCAUGAGUGGGACUGCCCGCAGGUUUGAACCCGGGCAAAGGAGUGCCGCAACAGCGACAGUGCGGACAGCGGUGGAGGAACCAACGAGAAUAGAAAAAGGAGGGGAAACUGUGGAAAGGCUUUAAUUGCAAAUCUGGCACAGAAACACAGAACAGGAUAAAGUACUAUACAAAAUAAGGAACAAUGGCAGAAGCUGCAGCAUUCGUCACAAACUGAGCCGGAAAUACAGUGGGAAAAUGAUGAUAGUAUUCAUCUUGAUCUCGUAACUUCGUCUGAAUUUAGCCCACACAGCGGUUUUUCCAUUUUGGAGGGACGAGGCGAGUCCGCUAUUGACUAGUAAAGAGGGUAGAUUGUCCUGUUUCUGUGUAACUGCAGAAGUGAAUCUCAGCGAAGUGGAAUGUCGGUUAACAGCGUUCUGUAAUACCGUCAAGUUUUCAACACUCCCCAUCAUUUUUCUAGCUGUGUGUGAUUCUUCUUUGCAGAAACUGAGAAUACGGAAUUCGAACCUGGCAAUUGAGGUGAUCUGAGCCUGCAGGGUGUGGCUUUUGCUGUAAUUAUGUUUCAUUUAAGUUAAAACACGUCGCCGACUGAUUGUGUUUGAAAUGGCAAGCCUGACGCCCGGGGUUCUGCUCAAGCUGCUGCAGCACAUGAACACAGACGUGAGAGUGGGUGGGGAAUACAGGUCGGUGUUGCUACAGGUCAUAAAUAUUGUUCCCGCGCUUGCAGCGGGCGAGCUAUUUCCUAAUCAGGGUUUCUACUUGAAGGUCUCCGACUCCUCCCACGCAACUUACGUUUCUCUGGCCGAAGAACACGAUGAUCUUAUUCUCAGCGACAAGUUGCAGCUGGGACAGUUCAUUCAUGUCGAUAAGCUAGAGGCCGGAUCCCCCGUUCCUGUGCUGAGAGGCGUCAGGCCCGUGCCAGGGCGCCAUAUUUGUGUAGGGAACCCGGAAGAUCUGGUCGCCACGCAGUCGCCAGGGUUCUUGAACCGCAAUUCGGAGUCUGGGGGAACCGAACCCCCGACCUCUAAGCCUAAAACUAAAGACGAAAAUCACAUUCAGAAUCAAAAUCAUAAUAAUUGUAGCAAUAAUAAUAACGCUGCUACUACCGGAAGCGUUCCUGGUUCGAGCCCCUCCGAAUCAUCGUCAUUUGCAGCCAAGCUUACGGAGCGGCUGAAGCAGAAACAGAGCACGCUAGAGCGGGCCCAUUCAAAAAACAGCUCUAACGAGAACCCCAAGGUGAUUAUUAAGAAAUCUUCAGGAAAUGGCCGCUCCCUGCCUUCUUCUCCAACCAGCUGUGCCUCAGCACCCUGCGCAACCAGAAGCCAAAGCAGAAUUCGGGGCGGCGUUCCUCGCGAAUUGGUCCGCCUGGAGAGGUCGUCGUCUACGAAGAAAACUCCAUCACAAGAUAGUGGUAAUCAGUCUUCGUCAAUAAAAAGAUUUUCAGUGGAGCCGCCCAGGCGGAGCUCUGUGGGUUAUGCCGAAGCAAAUAGAGUGAAGAUGGCAGAUUUCGGGCCGAAGACCCUGAGGAAAAGCUGGGAAGGCACGAUGGAUAUCAAGAAUAAAAGCCCAAGCCGAAGGACAGGUUCAAAGAAAACGCUUAAAGAGAUGGAACAACCAAAGCGUAAUGUCAGCCCUUCUCCUAUUACUGCUAACAAGAAGUCCCCUGUGAGCAUCAAAUCCUUGCCAAAAGAGAGCAGUUCCAGUGUUUUGCCUUCCAAAACAGCAAUUGUGGAUGAGCCAACAAAGUCAAUAAAAAGUUCAUUAUCCAAAAAAUCUACUAAAGCAUCCUCUGAUGCCAAUAUCCCUUGCAAUUUAGUCAAGGCAGUUAUUAAUAAUAAAAGAUGGACCGAUGGCAGCAUUCCAUGGGCUACACUCGACCCAACUCUUGUAAAACUUGGAAAGAAUUCUCUUGGACUCCGAGAUGGAGCUCUUGUGGUUGCAGUGGAGGCUCUACAAGAAUCCUCAGCAACAGAAAGUGUGAUCCGAUGUUUGAGUAUAUUUGCAGAGCUGUGUGCAUCAGCAAAGUCAGAUAAUCCUCAGUCUAUUGUGGAGACAUUCUUAAAUCUUCAUGUAGAGUUGCGACAAGCUUGUUUUGUUGUAGAUUCCUUGGCUAAAACUAGGAAUUUUGAACGAUGUUCAGAAGAUGAAGCAAUCGAUAGAAAUUUAUUGAAUGAAGCUUUGAAUAUUUCAUCAGAAAAAAAGAAGAGAGCAACAUCAUGGGUUCAAGCAGCUUUAGCCACAGAUUUAUCAUCGUUUACUCUUCUUAGUAAGCAGUUAUCAAGCCUAACACCAAGAAUGACACAAGGAAAACAAUUUAGUCAAGACACAGCUAUCAACAACAAAGCAUUGGUUCUGCUCGAAACUUCUUCAGUACCCUCAACACAGAAAAGCCAGAAUUUUUUAUUGCAGUACCCACCCUCUAAGAAACUACCAAACCCAUCUACACAGCCUCUUCCUAGCAAAGGAAUGGGCAAUGUGUCUCAAAAUACAAGUGAAAAAAGACGCUCCAUUGAAAAUGGGGAGACUAAGCUUCCUUCAAAGUCAUCAGGGAUUGCAUCGCGGAGGAUGUCAAAUGGAGUUGUUGCUCAGGGUACUUCCGGAAGAAGUAUGUUGAAAAAUGUUUCAGAAUCUCCAAGGGAACCACCUGUUAUUGAGUGGGUGAAAGGAAAUGGUCUAGAUGAAGCUGCAGAUCUAGCAAGAUGUCUACAGAGUGAAUCGCAGACCUGGUUCUUGAGGUUCAUGGAAGGGUACUUAGAUGAUGGUUCUCAAUUUGCUCGAUAUCCUGAAAAUGGAAAUGACAGUGCUGGAGCAAGAAUAGGUGCACAAACAGAUAAUAACCAAAUUGCAGCCAUGCUGUCUCAGAUUAAGAGAGUCAAUGAUUGGUUGGAUGAAAUCAAUCCUCAAAAGGUUCUCAAUUCUGAUGAUGAUGAAGGAUUUGCAGACACUGAACUGGCUGAUACAUUGGUCAGACUGAGAAGGAAAAUAUACGAGUUCCUCCUUCAGCAUGUAGAAUCUGCUGCAGUGGCACUUGGUAACCAGUUUGUCACUGUUCAAAGUACAGAAUCAAAGGUGAGUGGUAAGAACUAGUAGGCGUCAUGGGAAAUAUUAAAGUUUUGUGAGAUAGAACUUCCGGAGUGAUUGUGUACAUUAUAUAAACAUGUAGUUAGAGUUCUUGCCUUUCAUUUGAUAGUACAUGGUGAACUAACCCAGAGUCGCAUAAUUUACUGUGCCCAAUAACAAAAUUGUUAGACCAUAUUGUCAAGCCAUCAUGACUGUAUUCUGUGGAAAUUAUUUGUGUUAUGGAGUAUUGUAUGAUAGAGUCUGGAGAUUUAAGCCUUAAGAAAUCAGAGGUAAAAAUGCCGAGGCAUUCCUUGAUACUGAGGCUGCAUUGUUUUUCAAAUAAAAAAGCUCAUGGUAAGGUGAGCACACAUCAUAUGGUAGGUGCAAAAAGGAAUAACUACCGAUGACAUUCAUUUAUUUGAAUGAUUAGAAAACAGUGCCUAAUACUGUAAAUGAGCUAAUUUGUAUUGCUUUUGCUCUUUAUUUUAAUGAUUCUCAACAGGGAUUUAAUGUGUCAGAUUCUGUAUGUGCUCCAGCAUAUAAAACAUAAGAUCUGUAUAAAUCCACUUACUUGUUAACACCUUC